CAAAAAAUAAUUUUCUUCCAUUUUGUUUCGUGCUGUGCUUGUCCAGAAACCACUUCCUAAUUUGCCGUGAAUCCGAUCCGAAAGCCGACGAUCCAGCAAAGUGACUCCGCGGUGGCCAAGUCCUGUGUGUGUGGCCAUAUCUACCGAGGGGGGCAGCUCAUCCACCAGCUAGCCUGGGCUCGAUUUAUCAUCUUGUCACGGGAGAUGAUGCAUAAUUCAUUUCGUGGUGUCUAGCGAGAUGAUGGAACAGGAAAGGAUUUCGCGAUAGACCCGUAAUGUUACAGGAAGUUGCUGCUACAUUUGUUUGUGAUCCUAACAUACGUUCAGCAAAAGUGUGGCCGCCCGCCAAUCGGCCAGCCUCUCGUGUGCUAGUGCGGAUCGGUGGCGUGAAAACUCGAAUAUCGAGGGGCGGUUGGGCCGCUCACCGUGACCAUUGUUGGUUCUACACAAUUAUCGCCCAAGUAUGCUAGGUACGUGUACCGUGGUGUACUGGUGAGAAGUGGUGGACGCUUCCUUCGAUCGACGCGAAUAAAAGAAGGUGAACGUGAAACCGUGGAAAUUUUGCAUGACGACGGGUGAGGCGAAUGAUGAAAAGCAAAUCUAGAUCCGCUACGAACGGCAGCAGCAGUGGUAGCGGCAGCGGUAGCGGUAGCGACAAUUACAUCAGUAGCAACUAUGGGGCAUCAGGUGGUGGCGGCGCAUCAGGCGACCGAAUGACCAGCACAUCCGGAAACAUGAACGGUGGUGGCAGAUUGUCCAGCAACGGCAAUCCAGCUGCUCUCAACAACCAGGGCGGUACGGCGGCUGGUGCGAUGGCUAGCAGCGGCACUCCCCCAUCGACAGGAAUGGCAACCGACGAGCAACUCCUAGCAUCGGCACACAAUCAUAGUAACCAACAUCCUUGUCAUCGUGGUGGAGUUUGUGGCGUCAACAAGCCUCACAUCUCGCUGGAAAAAUAUGACGAGUUCCAGUUCAAGGUGCCGACGGAGGCGCCGGUGUUUGAGCCGUCGGAGGAAGACUUCAAGAAUCCGCUCGUGUACAUCAACAAGAUACGACCGAUGGCCGAAAAGUACGGCAUCUGUAAAAUUCGUCCACCAAGUUCGUGGCAGCCGCCCUUUACGGUGGACGUUGAGAAGCUCACGUUUACGCCACGCAUACAGCGCCUGAACGAGCUGGAAGCCGAAACGCGUAUUAAGCUGAACUUUCUUGAUCAAAUUGCCAAGUUCUGCGAGCUGCAAGGGACAACGUUGAAGAUCCCGAUGGUGGAACGGAAGCCGCUCGAUCUCUACACACUGCACAAGAUCGUUAACCAGGAGGGAGGCCUGGAGAUUGUCACCAAGGAGCGCAAGUGGUCCAAAGUGGCGUGCCGAAUGGGUUACCAGCAGGGUAAAAGCGUUGGCUCGAACUUGCGCUCCCACUACGAGCGGCUCCUCUACCCGUUCGAUGUGUACCGCUCGGGCAAGGUGGUCGACCUGGCAAACAUCGAUCCGGACCCAACCGACGACUGCGAGUACGAGCCGCACUGCAUCGAGUCACGGCAACAGGUACAACCUCCGAUCACCGCCGCUCGUCGUUCUCAACGAUUUGCCCAGCAGCAGCAGCAGCAGCAGCAGCAGCAGGGCCAGAAAGUGUCACCGAGCAGUAGCGCCGGUGGUAGCAUUCGCGCAUCGUCCGAAGAAUCUUCGCCCGGAAAGAAGGAAUUGCGCCACAGAAGCAUGAUCGAGUUUGCGAGCAAGCUGGCGGCUGCUCGUGAUGCUGCCGCCGCCACCAUUGCCAAUGGUACAGCGAAGGACACAAAGGACGAAAAGAGUGGCAAUGGAACGACGGGUAGCACUGGGUACGAUCCGAUGGCAAAGUACAUUUGCCACAUGUGCAACCGUGGCGAUGUGGAGGAGUCGAUGCUGCUGUGCGAUGGGUGUGAUGCUUCUUAUCACACGUUUUGUUUGAUGCCACCACUGCAUGAUAUUCCCAAGGGUGACUGGCGGUGUCCCAAGUGUAUUGUGGAGGAAAACUCUAAACCCGUCGAGGCGUUCGGGUUUGAGCAGGCACAGCGCGAAUACACGCUGCAACAGUUCGGUGAGAUGGCCGAUCAGUUCAAAUCCAAUUACUUCAACAUGCCGGUGCAUCUCGUGCCGACCGAGCUCGUCGAGAAGGAGUUCUGGCGCAUCGUUUCGUCGAUCGACGAAGAUGUGACGGUUGAGUACGGAGCCGAUUUGCACACGAUGGACCAUGGAAGUGGGUUUCCGACCAAAUCCUCGCCCUACCUUACGGGAAGUGACCAGGAGUAUGCCGAAUCGAGCUGGAACCUCAACAAUCUUCCCAUUCUCGAUGAAUCCAUUCUCGGGCACAUCAACGCGGAUAUCAGUGGCAUGAAGGUGCCCUGGAUGUACGUGGGCAUGUGCUUUGCUACGUUCUGUUGGCACAACGAGGAUCACUGGAGCUACUCGAUCAACUAUCUGCACUGGGGCGAGCCGAAAACGUGGUACGGAGUGCCGGGCAG